AUAAGUGUCAUAACUGCACUAACCACUCUGAUAAACCAGUAUUUUGAGAGUAAUGUGUUUUAGGUAUCAACUUGAGUUUUUGUUUAAAUGUUUUUUUUUAAGACGUGAACAUUUAGUCAGGCACUUCUUUAGGCAGCUUAGUAGUAGGAGGGGCCUUGAACCACGGCAACAGAGAAACACUGCGCGACAACAUUUGAAGUUCUUUCUUUUUGCAGAAUAUCUGUACCGUUUUAUGGAUACAAACGUUUCUGUAAAGAUGUCCUCUCCGCUUUCAAAGCCUCAGAUAAUCACUCACAUUCAGAAGAGCUUAAAUUACACCGUGUUUGACAGCAAAUGGAUUCCCAGCAGCGCCAAGUUUGUCUGUUUGGGGAACUUCGCCAGAGGAACCGGAGUGAUGCAGAUUUAUGAGGUGCAGCACGGAGAGGCUCAGCUCAUCACUGAGGUAGAGAAACCUAAACCUUUAAAAUGUGGAACGUUUGGAGCCACGAGUCUUCAGCAAAGACACAUCGCAACUGGAGAUUUUGAUGGAAAUCUCAAUAUAUGGAGUCUUGAAACACCUGAUGUACCACUUUACACCGUUAAGGCCCACAAAGAAAUUGUGAACAGCAUCGAUGGAGUUGGUGGUCUGGGUAUUGGUGACGGCGCUCCUGAGAUCGUCACUGGAAGCAGAGAUGGGACAGUAAAGGUGUGGGACCCCCGGCAGAAGGACUUCCCUGUGGCCAACAUGGAGCCUGUAGAAGGAGAAACUAAGAGAGACUGCUGGACUGUGGCCUUUGGUCACGCUUUCAACGAUCAGGACCGGUGUGUGUGUGCCGGCUACGACAACGGCGACGUCAAACUGUUCGAUCUGAGAAACAUGUCCCUGCGGUGGGAAACCAACAUUAAAAAUGGGGUCUGCUGUGUGGAGUUUGACAGGAAGGAUGUGAACAUGAACAAGCUGGUUGCGACAUCACUGGAGGGUAAAUUCCACGUGUUUGACAUGAGGACACCGCACCCGACCAAAGGCUUCGCCUCUGUGUCCGAAAAGGCUCAUAAGUCAACCAUCUGGCAGGUGAGACAUUURCCCCAAAACAGAGACAUCUUUAUGACUGCAGGGGGAGCAGGAAACCUGCAUCUAUGGAAGUAGUAAGUAACCAUCUUCAACAUCACUUCACACAUUG